AUGAACUCAGAAGCAAAAUCCAUCUUUGCUCCAAGAUUUGAAGAGAAUUGUCAACAGCAUCAACAACAUCAACAUCGACAUCGACAUCAACAUCUCCUGCAGCAAGGAGAAGGGAACAAAGUCAGCCGCUGCACAAUCACAAUUCAUCAAUGCCCCGUACCAAUCCUACCAAUCCUAGAACCGACAUUGGCACAGACGUCAUGUGGGGCUCAUGGCUACGCAUCUGGCUUGGAUCGGACAAAGAGACAGGGGUCAAUUUCAACACAUGGUACAGAAGAAUUAGAUGCUCGAGAAUCUACACAAUUCACGUCAACAAACAAUAAUAAUUCUCCAUCUCAACUUCUUAAUUUCGACAUUCCCAUAUCGGUGUCGUCGCAAAAGAGCAAUUCUUGGCUUGCUUCGGUUUCUUCAAAUCGAGAUAGAGAUAGAGACCACGACCCAGACCCAGACCUACAAGGUAUAGACAAUCCAGAGUCCCAAAGAAGAGUAUCGACCGCCUCGUCUACCACUCUAUUGUCAACCCCUCAGUUAUCGCCGUUAUCACCCUCAUUGCAAGCCUCGAAACAUUCUAGAGAGGAGGAUAAUGUACCAGAGAGGACCUUCGAUAUUACAAUCUCAGAACCACCUUUCAAACGGCACCGCGCAAAAUUGAAACACUGUCAUAUACUCCAGGCAGAUAAUGAAGCAGCACACGACUGUCCUACAACCCUACAAUCGCCUAGAUCUCCCCGAUUUACAACUCACAAACUCAAAAGGACGCAUUCCUCCCAAAGUUCUCCAAAUAUAGACACGACAGUUAUGUCGAAACUAGAUAAAGAUGGCAAUGGUAUAACAAUACUCAAGUCGGUUCGAUUAGCUCGUGGUAAUAUAUUGGGUAACAACUCGAAUCCUCCUGGAAAAUUCAUCGGGCCCACAUUGAAUCUAGAACAACAAAGGCGUACAGCCAGCCCCAAGCUGAGCGCGGAUCCUCAAGAAGGCUCAUUGAUUCAUAAAGUGGGCAUAAUCGAACUUUUAGAGCAAGAUGAGAGACCAACUUUCAUAAUAGAUGUUUCUAAUCAGGAAAAUUACAUACCUGGCGGUCGUUUACGACUAGAAUAUGCGAAUGCAUCACUACGGGCUAUGAAUCCGUUAUUGGAAAUGAUAGCAGGCUUUGCGGAUUUAUCCUCUCCUACCAUCGUUACACAUGCAUUUCCGGAGUUCAAAGCAUGGGUGUUAAGUUUUGUGAGCAAAGAAAGCGAAUCUUUAGAUAUAUGCUUGCCAUCAUUCUUGUAUGGAGGGUUCACAUGGCGUUGUUCGACUUUACAAAAACGUCUUCGGGUAAUGAAUGGCGUCAGAACUCUAAUUCCCACGACCAACUCGACCUCAUCGAACGCAAACAAUAGCAGCCCUACUAUACUGAAUCCAGGUUUCGUAAUCGGUCAAGAUUUGAGAAGUUCAACGGAUCUAUUCCCUGAGCCGUCUGAUUACUUUGGAGAUGCAGCUACAGUUGUCCCUGGUUCGAGCCCGAUAGACUCACUUCUUGCUGGCAAUCAAGUAGCACACAUUGAUGGGUCUUCAUUCGAUUGGACAAGACUUCCACUAACUGCAGCAUUACCUCGACAUAUUCAAUUCACUCGUAAUAUCAAUUGGGCAGCCUCUCCUCUUGGGCCAAUGAAAAACUGGAGUUUUGAUUUGAGAGCUAUGUGCAAUCUCAUCAUGGGAAGUCCUCAUCCAGCCGCCAUGUACUGGGGAUCUGAAUACACAGCCAUAUACAACGAAGCGUAUAUAUUACUAGCCGGACAAAAACACCCUAGCUUAAUGGGACAAAGUUACAAAACAGCUUGGGCCGAAAUCUGGGAUGAUAUCGAAGCGGUCUUUGCAAAAGCAAAAUCAUCUGGCCAAGCAACCAUGAAAGAUGAAGAUAGACUUUUCAUCAAACGAAAUGGUUACCUGGAAGAAUGCUAUUUUGCAUGGAGUAUAAUUCCACUAGUCGGAGAGGAUGGCUCUGUAGUCGGGCUGUACAAUCCGGCAUGGGAAAAGACGAGAAGAGUAAUAUCAGAACGCCGAAUGCUUACUUUGCGAGAAGUAGGAGAGAAGACAGCUACUGCGAGAAACAUUAAAGGAUUUUGGGCACAAGUGAUCAAAGCAUUGGAGUAUAACCCAUUUGACAUACCUUUCGCUCUUCUCUACUCGGUUAAUGAGGAUGUCGAUAGCGACAUGAGCUCACAGAGAUCAUUGAACUCCGGAAGUAUGUCACAAGCUCCAUGUUGUGUGUUGGAGGGAACAAUUGGUGUCCCUCAGGGCCAUCAAUCAGCCGCAACACCAUUGGAUCUCCACCUUAGCGAAGAUGGAUUCGCCCCAUAUUUGAGAGAAUGUAUGAGGCUUGAUAGACCUGUACUGCUUACCACCGAGGAAGGAACCCUACCAACGGAACUAAUCAGAGAACUCGAAUGUGAAGGAUUCGGCGAUCCUUGCCGAGCCGCUGUUGCCAUACCACUUCAUGCCACUAGCAGAGAAUCCAUACUAGGUUUCUUGGUCAUGGGAGUGAAUCCAAGAAGACCUUAUGAUGACGAUUAUAGUUUGUUUGUUGAGCUCAUGACUCGCCAAUUGGCAACUUCAAUGGCGUCAGUUGUUCUCUAUGAAGAAGAGAUUCGCAAAGGUCAGAAAGCAGCGCGCAUUGCUGCUCAAGAUCGUCAAGAAUUAUCUGAGCUUGUCAACCUACGCACCCAGGAAGCUGUGGAAAGUGAAAACAGAUUUACCCGCAUGGCUGAGAUGGCUCCCGUUGGAAUGUUUAUUGCGAAUUCUCAGGGAGAAAUCACAUUUUCUAACGAUGCUUGGUGGGAAAUAUCGCGGCAUCCUCGAUCUGAUAAUAGCGCAAAAUCCUGGAUGGACAGCAUUAAAGAAGAAGAUCGCGAAGGAGUCCAAACUACCUGGAACAAGUUAGUUGCACAGAAAGUAAACGUGACGAAAGAGUUUCGUUUCAAAACGCCAUGGCAAAGUAAGCAUGCUUUGACAGAUACAUGGGCUCUCAUGAACUGCACUUCACUUAGAGAUAGAGACAAUAGCCUGAUGAGCAUCUUUGGCUGUAUCACAGAUAUAUCACACCAAAAAUGGGCAGAGGAGUUUCAGAAACAGAAGACGAAAGAGGCAAUAGAGCUGAAGCGACAACAGGAGAAUUUUAUCGAUAUGACUAGCCAUGAAAUGCGCAAUCCUUUGAGUGCUAUCCUACAAUGUUCGGACGAAAUCACCAGUGCUUUGACUGCUCCUGUGCUCAAGAGUUUGAAAUCAAGCAUGCGAAAUAGGGAAGCGCCUCAGGAAAUAUCAGAACUUAUCGAAAGCAGCAUUGAUGCAGCUCAAACUAUCGCACUUUGUGCGCAGCAUCAGAAACGCAUCGUCGACGACAUUCUGACCUUGUCUAAAUUGGACUCAGCGCUUCUCGUCGUAGCACCUGUCUCAACGCAACCAAUAUCUGUGGCCAGGCGUGCCAUCAAAAUGUUUGAAGGAGAUAUGGAGAAACAUGACAUCUCUAUUGAAUUUCAAAUCCAGGAUUCGUAUGCUGACCUCAACAUCAAUUGGGUAAAACUUGACCCAUCAAGGCUAUUACAAGUCCUAAUAAACCUGCUAACCAAUGCUAUAAAAUUCACUACGGGUCAGCCUCAACGAUCAAUUAUUGUGAGUGUUGGUGCAACGAAGGAACACCCGGCAAACAGCGAUACCAACGUUCAGUAUUUUCCUUCCCGAUCAGGCAUUACGGGUUUGGCAAUGGAUGAAGCAGAAUGGGGUCCAGGCGAAGAUUUAUAUCUGAAAUUUGCUGUUCAAGAUACAGGUAGAGGUCUUGAUGCAAAAGAAGUUUCAAUUUUAUUCCAACGAUUUUCACAAGCGUCUCCACGUACUCACGUUCAAUAUGGCGGGUCAGGCCUAGGAUUAUUUAUCUCGAGAGAGUUAACCGAACUUCAAGGUGGGCAAAUUGGAGUCUCCUCAGAAAAAGGAGUCGGCAGUUGUUUUGCGUUCUACGUCAAGGCUCGCCGGGCUGAGGGCAGUCCUGAAACAUCACCGCUAUCUUCUCCAAAUCACAUUGCCAUCAAUCGAAAGUCUUCUCCGCGUACUACAAACCAAACUCCGGUAGAAAGUAUCACCAGCUCGUUGGAAAAGCCAGUGCAUACCCAAUCGAAAGGAGGAGCUUCAGCAAGUAUAGCUAGGAUAUCACCAAGUCCAAAGGUUGAUUACAAAGAUAUUACAAUUCUCAUCGUAGAAGAUAAUCUUGUUAAUCAGCGCGUUUUGCAAAAACAAUUACACAGAGCCGGUUUUGUGACGGAAGUUAGCAACCACGGAUUGGAGGCUUUGCAUAAACUAGAAGGGUCAUCUUUUUGGAAGCAUGAAAAUCCCACCGCGGAAAGAACCAGUAUCUCAUGUGUUUUAAUGGAUCUGGAAAUGCCAAUAAUGGAUGGUCUUACCUGCACUAAGAAGAUUCGAGCAUUGGAAGCUGAUGGAACGAUUGUUCGCCAUGUUCCAAUCAUUGCAGUUACGGCAAAUGCAAGAUUGGAACAGAUUGAGACGGCUUUGGCUACUGGGAUGGAUGAUGUUGUUUCUAAACCAUUUCGUAUCCCAGAUCUAAUACCCAAGGUUGAAGCAUUAGUAAUUAAGAGUCGAGUAGAGUCACAGAGACAAAGUCAAAAACAGAGUCGAAAUAAUUGA